AUGGACACCCAUGAGGUUGUAGUGUUUGAUCUCGUCCAAUCCUUCUCGCUGGAUACCGAGCGGAGUAACAACCAAAAGCGGGUGGUGACCAUGACACUGAACACAGGCAAAACUCUCGACCCCGUUGCACUCAAGGUUCCAAGACACGCAGACUCUACGGACGUGGAUGGUUUCAUCGAGAAGUUGACCAAGUCGUCCCGCAACCCUCUCGUGCGCGCCACCAAUCUCGUCAACUCCCUCAAAGCCUUGGCAAAUAUGAUCCAGUUCAUGGCGCAGACCACCGCUCAGACAUCAGCGGUGAAUGAGGUCCAACAACGUCUAAACUCUGGUGCAAGUUCCCUUCAGACCGCCAGACGUGCCAUUGCACUGGAUACCAUCACGGAUGGCGCCUCCUUUGAGGCCGGCGUGGCCGCUCGGAAGAAGGGAUUCUCAGAGACCGCCCAAGAAGCCAGGGUCGCCGACAACACGAUGCAGCAGAUUCUUGGUGAGCUCCGGGACACUGGUGUCAUCAAUGAAGACGAGUUCAGAAAGGAGGUUCGCCUAAGCUCGCUGAACGCGUUCAAUCUGCGCGUCCUGGACCACGGCUUCAAGGCCGAGUGGUUCAUCUAG